GAGUACCAAAUACCCAAAUUAGGGCCAAAUUGGGAACACACUGAAAUCGCAGGAAGUAUAAAAGAGGUUGAAAGAGCUUUUUGGUGUGUGUAAAUUUCACAGUAUUGUUGAGAUUUAGCUUCUUCGCCUUCAAACUCUCUCCUCCUAAAGAAGCAGAAACACAACACAGAUAAGCAAAAAAUUCUCUAAUUUUGGGCCUGUUUAUUUGUUGUAUGAGAAAAUCUGCAACGCGAAACAGUCAUGGCAGAGAAUACUGAAAUUGAUGACCGUGUGGAUCUUGAUGAUGAAAAUUACUCUGAGGAAGAUGAAGAUGCAGAACUGAUAGAAGAUGAAGGAGCUGGAGAAGUCGGUGAUGAAAAUGGCGAAGAACAAUCAUAUGAUUCUGGAGGUGGAGACAGUGGGAGAGAGCAGUCUCCAGAGGCAGAUAUGGGUGAUGUUUCGGAGCCAGCUGCAGAUGAAGAAAAGCCUAGUGCUUCUCUUUCUGAAGAGGAACAAAAAGAGCAUGCUGAACUUCUAGCUCUCCCUCCACAUGGGUCUGAGGUUUUUAUUGGUGGUAUUCCUCGAGAUGUUUCUGAAGAAGACUUGAGGGAUCUCUGUGAACCACUCGGUGAAAUACAUGAGGUCAGAGUCAUGAGAAAUAGGGAUACUGGUGAAAGCAAGGGUUUUGCCUUUGUAGCAUUCAAAACAAAAGAUGAGGCACAAAAGGCUAUUGAAGAAUUGCAUAACAAAGAAUUCAAGGGAAAAACCUUAAGGUGUUCACUGUCAGAAACUAAAUACAGAUUGUUCAUUGGUAAUGUACCAAAGAGCUGGUCUGAUGACGACUUCAGAAAAGUCAUUGAUGGGACUGGUCCUGGUGCAGAAACAAUAGAACUCAUAAAGGAUCCUCAAAACCCAGCACGUAAUAGGGGCUUUUCUUUUGUUGAAUAUUACAAUAAUGCCUGUGCGGAUUACUCUCGGAGAAAAAUGGUAAGUACAAAUUUUAAGCUGGAGGGAAAUUCACCAACUGUCACCUGGGCUGACCCAAAGAUUACACCUGAUCAUUCUUCUGCCGCUGCUCAGGUUAAAGCACUCUAUGUGAAGAACAUUCCAGAAAACACUCCUACUGAACAAUUGAAGGAAUUGUUCCAACGCCAUGGUGAAGUUACCAGAGUUGUUAUGCCGCCAGCCAAGGUUGGUGGUAAAAGAGACUUUGGAUUUGUCCAUUAUGCAGAAAGGUCAAGCGCUCUGAAAGCUGUUAAAGACACUGAAACAUAUGAAGUAAAUGGUCAGAUGUUAGAAGUAGUUCUUGCAAAGCCUCAGACUGAAAAGAAGUUUGAUGCAGCUAGUCCUCACAAUGCGGUACCACAUCAUAAUUAUAUUCCCCAUCCAGGAUAUGGUGCAUUUCCAAUGAACCCGUAUGCACCUCUAACAGCUGGUUAUGGUGCUGCUGCUGCUGCGUUCCAACAGCAGCCUAUGAUAUAUGGUAGAGGACCAAUGCCAACAGGUAUGCAAAUGGUGCCAAUGGUUUUACCAGAUGGUCAGAUCGGCUAUGUCCUCCAGCAGCCAGGAGUUCAGGCACCACCUGUUCGGCCUCGGAGGAAUGACAGGAACAAUGGUGCUGGUGGACCACAAGGACGAGGAGGAGGAUCCAGUGGUGGCGGAGAUGAUUCCAACCGUGGUAGACGUUAUCGACCAUAUUAGAGCGGUGAAAUGUUGUACUUGCUACUUACAUUGAACACCAGACCAGUAAUCCAGGACAACUAUUUCCUGUUUCCUCUUUAUUUAUAAAAAGGAAACUUAGUUAAGUAAAAGUUAGACCAAUCUCAGCAACUUAAUGAGGCAUUGUAACUAAACAAACAUAGAUGUUGGAGAUGUUUUGGGCGUUUCAUUAUAUUGUCUGCUUGACUUUUAGUUCAUAAAUUGCUUCAUGAAUUGUUGAGAUAAA